AUGCUGGACGUUGUCCUGACUUGUAUCAGGCUUGUCGCUCGAGCAUUCGCCGUACUGGCCAUAACCCUGUUGUCGGUGAAUAUUGCGAAGGGGGUUGUCAAACAUCAUGCAAAGCGCAAGACACUCAGUAACGUCCCCGGUCCUCAGCGCCACUCCCUCUUCACUGGCAAUCUCGUCGAGCUCUUCGACGCGCAUGGCGGGCUGUCCUUCUAUGAAUCUUUGUCGAUGUAUGGCGGCGUUGUCAAGAUUCACGGACUCUUCGGCGAUGUAUCGCUACUAAUAUCAGACCCGCAAGUUUUGGCUCAUAUGCUCGUGAAGGAUCCCAACAACUUUCCUUCUAUCGAUGUUGCCGGUUCAAUUGAAGCGCAAAGAUGGCUAUUUGGUCCGGGUUUGGUGGGAUCGAACGGUUCGCCACAUCGACGCCAACGCAAGAUGCUCAAUCCAGCGUUCUCACAUGCGCAAAUGAGAAAUGUCAUGCCGGUACUGAGUCGCAUAUCUUGUCAGCUGCGUGAAACCCUGGAGGCAGAGGCUGAUGGCGAAGUGGACGUCGCCGAGUGGUUUGGUCGCAGCUCUCUCGAAUUCAUAGGGCAGGCGGCUUUUGGUCACACAUUCCAUGCUCUGGAAGGAGAUGGGAGUGCAUAUGUCCGCGCGUUGAAGGAGAUCAUACCGGUUGUGGCCGUCAUCGGCCCGAUACUCCGAUUGUUCAUUUUGAGCGGUGCCAGCCAAUUAUCGCCUUGGUUCCUUCGUGCUGCCGGCCACGCCUUGUCUGCGGUAUUUGCACCGCUACGCGACCUCCUCCACAUAAAGAAGACUUAUUACACCGAGGGUCGUGCUAUCUGGGAUGCUCGUGGGAUUGCAUUCAAAGCCAACAUCGCCGCCGGCGCCGGACGAGAUGACGAGAGCCGAAGUCCGGUGUUGCUCGAUGUUCUCCUCGACGAGAACGGCGAGGCUCGUGUCACUGAGGAGGAGAUGAUAUCGCAGAUCACCUCUGUCGUAUUUGGUGGUACAGAGACCACGAGUACGGUGCUAUCAAGGAUUCUUCAUCUCUUCGCGCUCUAUCCGGAUGCACAAGACCGACUUCGCGAGGAGCUUUCGGAGGCGCUCGCCGCGUCGCGUCUAGAGCCGGAUGGCGAGGACAGUGGGAUCAAAUACGACUCGCUCAUGGCGCUGCCAUUUCUUGAUGCGAUAUGCAAAGAGACUUUGCGUCUUUUUGCGCCGGUACCGUUUCGACCUCGUCGGUCACUGGACGCGGCUAUCGUAUCGAAUUCGGACGGCACAAGCCUGCACAUCCCUGCGGAUACCGAGAUCUUCGUCAAUAUACACGGCGUCAACACUGACGAGCAAAUCUGGGGAGACGAUGCGCAUGUAUGGAAGCCGGAACGUUGGCUUGCCCCGCUCCCUGCAAGCGUGAUACAUGCGAAGGUGCCUGGCGUCUUUGCCAACCAGUUGACAUUUUUCGCGGGGCCAAAAUCAUGCAUAGGGCUGAACUUCGCCUUGGUUGCAAUCAAAACUAUGCUGGCCACUUUGAUCCCGGCCUUCCGGUUCUCGCUCCCUCUGGACCACGAAAUAGAGUGGCGUUUUGCUCAGACAAUCACCCCAAGCGUGAAGGGCGAGAAACGCUUGAAUCCGCGCAUGCCUCUGCGUGUGGCAAGGCUGAACAAAACAUGA